AUGGAUGUCCUCCUUCGCGUCACGGACACCGUCAAGUCCUUCCGAGUGAGCUGCUUCGGUCAUGAGACCCGCCUUAGCGCACUCCGUCCUGUGGGCGAGUUCUUUGACCACCACCGAAUCUCAAAACCCGCCGACUUGAACACAGCCACCUCCCGUGUCUCAUAUAACACGCGAUACUUCUCCGGAAACUAUGGGGUCAUCGUUGGCGUCCUUGCAGUCUACGCCCUCAUCACGAACCCUCUCCUCCUGAUCUCGCUGGGCUUCCUUAUCGGCGGGUUCGCUGCCAUCAACAAAUUUGCCCCCGAGCCAAUGCAAGUCGGAGAGCACGUCGUGACCCAGAAAUCCCUAUACACGGGCCUUUUUGUCGUCGGCGUCCCGCUCCUCUGGUUCUCCUCGCCGCUCGGCACAUUCUUCUGGCUCGUCGGCGCAUCGUCUUUCCUCAUCCUCGGCCACGCGUCUCUAAUGGAGCCUGGCAUCGAGAGCGAAUACGCGUCAGUCGGUGAUGCUGUCUAA